ACCAGAAAUUGUGGGGCUGAUGGAUUACUGUAGACGGGAGCAGCUUCCGAUAAGUGUUCAAUGCUAUCCCUUUACACAUGACUCACAGAGCUGUAGCGCCAUCAAAAAAAGAGGGUACUCUUUGCCGAUACCCCCGACGAUACCAUACCUAGUGCCGCCUUCAAUUCCCAGCCAGGAACCUUACAUACAGAUCAUCGAAGAGCCGACGAAUAAGAUCAUACGCUUUCGCUAUGAAUGCGAGGGUCGCACGGCGGGUUCCAUAGUCGGGAUGAGCUCCACACCGACAAAAAAGACGUACCCCACCAUCAAAAUUUGCAAUUACAAUGGACCCGUAGUUGUGGUCAUCACUUGCGUCACUGUUGAUCAGCCCUAUUUACAGCAUCCACAUAAAUUAAUUGAGAGGGGAGAAACCAACAACAGCCGAUUUGGUUCCUUUGUCAAACGGCUGAGACCCGACCAGCGUAUUCUGGAACUACAGUUUGGUAUCCAAUGUGUUAAGAGGUCGGAUGUACGCCAUUCGCUGUUGCAGCGCCAGCAAAGAAAUAUUGAUCCAUUUAACGUCGGUUUUGAUCAUUUGAACAACUUGGCCCUUAUUAAUCUGUACCAGCUGCGUCUGUGUUAUCAGGCGUAUAUCAAGGUGGACAACAACUAUGUAAGCUUGGACCCCGUCGUCUCUUCGCCAAUCUAUGGCAAGAGCAACGAGCUGACCAUCACCAGACUCUGCUGUGGUUUUUCGAAGAUGAGCGGUGGUGAUGAGAUCAUCAUGCUCUGCGACAAGGUCUCCAAGAAUGACAUUAGGAUACGUUUCUUUGAGACCAACGACGAAGGUGACGUAGUCUGGGAGGCUGAUGCCACCUUUCAGAAUCAGGAUGUUUACAAACAGAUGGCGAUUGUUUUCCGAACACCGCGUUAUCGCAAUCCCGAAGUCCGGCAUAUAGUUCAGGUGCAGUUGCAGCUGGUGCGACCAUCGGAUGGAGCGACGAGUGAACCCCGACCCUUCGAGUACUAUCCCAAUCCAGCUGUCCUUGAGCACGUGGACAACUUGGUGAACAACAACAACGAGCCCUUGGAUCUCGUCAUAUCCUCGUCGAUCUCAGAAAAGGAACCCAUUAGUGAUGUACUUCUCGCCAAAAAUCAUUUGAAAACUAAACAUACCCUGCAUCAUUAUUAUGAGCAGCAUUGUCAACAUCAACGAUUUUAGCAAGAACAAAUAACAUGAGCCCGGUCCAAAGAUCAGCAAUUUGCUGAGCUUCGAAAUCUAACAACUUCCCGUCUCUACUCAGAGGAUCAAAUCUGUUAAUAUAUGAUUAGUACCUUAAUAAAUCGGAUCUUAAUCAAUAAA